CCCCCAUCCCAAAGGGCAACGUUGCUGAGCCCUGGACUUCCAACGGUUCCCUUCCAUGGCCACCGCCUCCUUAGUACUUGCCCCCACACCAUUCUCACGUUCCCGCAACUCCAAAUUAUCCCUGAAAAAACCCUCAAUUUUGCUGCAAAGAUUCCCAAAAGCCUCUUCGCACAAACCCUUCUCCUCCCGUCUCAGACCUCCUUCAUCUCGGCCGCCGCCGGGAGGCCCAGCAAUCCCGGCGGCGCGCUUCCGAUUUCUUGUCGCGUGUGAUGAUGAUGGCGCAAAAUCCAAGGGCCUGAUUCCCCCGAGAUCCGCCGGCGCCGAUGGCGGGGGAACCGCAGUCGGAUUUCCCAAUGUUCUUGGGAUCUUGCACUUGGCGGCGUCGCUCGGGAUAAUUCUUGGGGCCGAUAAGUUUCUCAAGCAGGCUUUUGCUGCCGCCGCUAUAAAAUUCCCGAGCGCUCUUUUCGGGAUGUUCUGCGUGUUCUCGGUGCUGAUGGUCUUGGAUUAUGUUGCUCCGUCUGCCGCGAUGGGCUUGAUGGGUUUCUUUGACCCGGCGACUUUGUUCAUCCAGAGGUGGCUUCCGCUGUUUUACGUCCCGUCGCUGGUGGUAUUGCCUCUUGCCGUGAGGGAUAUCCCGGCGGCUUCGGGGCUUAAGAUUUGCUUUAUCCUAGUUGGUGGCUGGUUGGCUUCGCUUUGUGUUGCUGGGUACACAGCCAUAACUGUAAGAAAAAUUGUGAAGACAGAAAUGAUACCUGCAGAACCCAUGACAAAACCUUCUCCAUUUACAUCUGUUGAACUUUGGGCUUGGACUGCAAUUUAUAUUUCAACAUUUAUUCUUGCACUUGUAAGCCCAAUAGCACUUGGUACAAGUGCGAGAACAUGCCUUCCAUUCCUUCUUGCUGCUACAGUUUUGGGGUACAUGCUUGGUUCUGGGUUGCCAUCUAAUGUCAAGAAGGUAUUCCAUCCAAUUAUCUGCUGUGCAUUUGCUGCAGACUUGGCAGCACUGGCAUAUGGGUAUUUCUCACGGUCUGGAAUGGAUGCUGUUCUAGCUGACUACCUAACCAAAGUGUCAUCAAAUCCUGGGGCUGGUGAUAUUCUCAUGGGUUUUCUGGGAUCUGUCAUUAUUUCAUUUGCUUUUUCAAUGUUCAAACAGAGAAAGCUUGUGAAGAGGCAUGCAGCUGAGAUUUUCUCAUCAGUGAUUAUAGCAACUACUUUCUCUUUGUAUUCAACUGCCAUCAUAGGACGUGCUGUUGGAUUAGAAUCAACUUUUACCAUAUCAAUCUUACCAAGAUGUAUUACUGUGGCUUUAGCUCUCAGCAUAGUAUCCUUGUUUGAAGGUGCAAAUUCAUCACUUACUGCAGCUGCGGUUGUUGUCACUGGUCUUGUUGGAGCAAAUUUUGUGCAAGCUGUGAUGGAUAAACUUCAGCUGCAUGAUCCUAUAGCCAGAGGAAUAGCAACAGCUUCUAGUGCUCAUGGAUUGGGAACAGCAGCGUUGUCAGCAAAGGAACCUGAGGCUCUUCCAUUCUGCGCCAUUGCUUAUGGACUGACUGGAAUAUUUGGCUCCUUGCUCUGCUCCAUCCCUGUUGUGAGGCAAAGCUUACUUUUGAUAGUUAAGUAAUCUCUUUAUGUUGCUUAUAUAAGUGGUUUGGCUGUAAAUUCCCAAACUAUUCGUUUGGGGUGUGAGAGACUCUAAUGGAGGAAUCAUUGACUGCACAAAAGAUAUUUCACUAUGCAAGUGAAAAUUCUUUUUGCAUGUCCUUGAAAGCAUGAAGUUUGGAAGGGGAAGGUGCUAUAUGCCUAUGGACACUCAUGAAACUAAAAAAAAGAAAAUCUAAAAAAAAGGGCUAUAACUCAAAUGUCAAAUAUAUGUAUGUAUGUAUGUAUGUAUGUACUUAAGCAAUGAAGCAUGUCUCUCAUCCGAAGGCAAAGCAAAGUUUGGCAAAGACCAAGGAGAAGCUGCCGGAAAAAGCAAGGUAAGAGAGAUUGUUUUCUCAUGUGUUUCUGAUGGAUUCACCUCGUGGUUUUCCGAACUUUUAUGUAGAGAGGGAAGAGGAAAAAGAAAAGAAAUUACUUAGGUGAGAGAACAGGAAUUACAUGUUUAACAGUUUAAAUACUCUUUCCUGCCUUUUCUUUUAUUUUUUGUCCAUAUUAUCUUAGACUUCCAUUUGUUUCCCUGGUCGUUCUCUCCAGUCUUGGUAUCCGUUUACCGAAAUGCUCUCUCUUGUGCCAAGGCUAAUACCGUUGCAGGAAAGGUGCCAACCUAGACGCGACGCACCAUUCUUGCCAGUCUCUUGCUUCGAUCCCAUGAAGUAUGCACAUCCUUCUCUCAGUCUUGCAACCACCCAAUUGUUGCUGGCAUUAGAGCCA